UGGGCACUAUUGCAUACACCAUCCAUCCAUCCAUAUAUACAAAAGUGAAUUAAGAUCAUCAUGUCUUCAAUCCCUCCAAGUUCAGAAGCCAGAGUGUGUGCAGCAAACUUUCCACUGCCGGUGAGGCAAGAAGACAUAGCAGAAGCCCAACGUCUGGCGAGCAAUCUUGACCGCGUUAACCGACCGAUCUUGGGGCAUGAGGUUGCGGGCAGAGUGGACGACUUUGAAUUUGAUAUCCGGCGUCCAGUGUAUCGAUGGACCACGAGGCCUUACCAGGAGAUCUUAGCAAACGGGUUCCAAGCACCAGCUCAAGGAAACACUCCCAACAACACUUACUAUAAUCUUGACGACUUUGUCCAUAAUGCUGGGGCGCCUCUUGACCCCAACAGGCCUGUAGCUCAUGUCUUUAUUAGCACCACUGUUAAUAAUGCAUGGCGCCCAAAUCCUUCAACUGAUGUCCUCCCGAUAGGAAGUCAGAUUCAAUUGUAUCGUUAUGAGAUCUUUGCUCCUGGUGGUAUUUGGGUCGCUGUCUCCCUUAUGGGUCGCUAUCAGCACCCUAAUCAAGCUGAAAUUACCUUUGUUGCUGGCAUCCAACCUCAAUACAUUCGCUCUGUUCAAAUAUACACCGCCACGCGUCGGGCACCCGGGUUUCCGACAAUGACAAGAGAAAGAAGAUUGAUAAUGAACGGUCAUUUCCGUCCACACAUGGAUCUUCAAUUCACAAUUCAUACACCUAUAACCUUUUACAUUGAUGACAAUGGGAUACGACGGGAGCUGCCUGAAGAAACUUAUACACCUCAUGAAAGAGAUCAGGUACAGAAAAGAGAUGUAUCAUCAUCUCAGGAUAAUGAAGAAGUUGAGUUGCAUAGCUAUGGCGCGGUGGAAAAUAUACCUAUUUAUAUAAAUGCUGCAUUUCGUGCAUCUGCCAACAAUGAAGCCUAUUUAUUCAUGAACAAUGAAUAUGUAUUGAUUAAUUAUGCUCGUGGAAGCACAAACGAUUAUAUUAUAAAUGGGCCAUUAUAUAUUUGUGAUGGAUAUCCAUCACUUGCCCGUACACCAUUCGGAGAACAUGGAAUAGAUUGUGCCUUUGACACUGACAAAACCCAGGCUUACAUUUUCUCUGCAAACCUUUGUGCCUUGAUAGACUAUGCUCCAGGAACCACAAAUGACAAAAUACUCUCAGGUCCUAUGAAAAUUACUGACAUGUUUCCUUUCUUCAAGGACACAGUGUUCGAAAGAGGGUUAGACGCUGCAUUCAGGGCACAUAGUAGCAAUGAAGCUUACUUGUUCAGAGGAGGACAUUAUGCUCUUAUAAACUAUUCAUCCAAGAGACUCAUUCACAUUGAAACCAUUAGACAUGGGUUUCCUAGUUUGAUAGGUACUGUCUUUGAGAAUGGACUUGAAGCAGCUUUUGCUUCUCACGGGACCAAGGAAGCUUAUCUCUUCAAAGGAGAGUACUAUGCAAAUAUUUAUUAUGCUCCAGGCUCAACUGAUGACUACCUUAUCGGUGGUAGAGUCAAGCUUAUUCUUUCCAAUUGGCCUUCGUUGAAGAAGAUACUGCCACGCAACAAUGGUAGGCUUGAUCUUCAUACUCAUAAGGAUCAUCCAGAUGAAGACAAUGGUAGCUAUGACCACAUUGAACUUUAAAAGUACUAGCUGCAAGAAGCAUUCAUCAGUUUGCUAUUUUUAUGUUUCUGUUUUAGUUGCUUUUCUAAUAAGUUGCCCAUGUUUAGGGAUUUGUUGCUUGCUAGUACGUGAGGCAUUUUCUCUAUUUUCUUGUUUGUCAGUUGUAGAGCUAAGUCUAUAAACUUGGCCAAGUUUCUGUUUUGUUGAAUAAAAUAAUAAGUUGCCCUCAGUGUUCUUAAA